UACGUCUCCCGGAGAGAGCGAGAGAAAGAACAAGCGAAGAGAGAGAGGCGGAGAGCGAACAGGCCAAGAAGCUUAAAAAAAAAAAAAAACGUACACUCUCCGAAACAUUAAAUUAAAACUCAGUGCUCGUAAAGGCUGUCCGAAGUGCUUCGUAAAACUUCAGGAGCUCAUUCAAGUCAAUUGUUGUCAUUCUAGUGUGUACAUUCAUAGACUUUCUAGAUCUAGAUAGGUUUUUAACGAUCUCAUUUUUUUCUGGUGAUUAGUUGUGCUUGGCUAUUUUUAGUUUGUAAGGGAACAAACUCCUCGAGUUCUGUCAUUGUAUAUUUUGUUCAGAGAGUGAGAUCGUGCGGUGAGGAGUAACUCUUUUGGUUUCCUGUACAAAAGACCUAGAUCUAGUCAAUCUAGAAUAUAUCCACGGACUGUUCAUUCUCCUUUGGAAAUAAUGUUAUUUAAUGAAUAUUCAACUUGGUCUGGCCAGAACUAGACACCAGCCACUCGAUUCUAGGAGUACAACUAGGUCAUUUAUUUAUCGUCUCCUCUUUUUGAACUGCCAUUAUUGACUCCUGUGGCUGCCAGCUACGUCUUAAAAAUGCCAUACAAUCAUCCGAGUGUGUCUUACACCUACUGUGAUCGACCGUAUUCCAAGAGUGGCAGCUGUUCUCCAUUAUCUACGGAUUCUCUGCAUUCGCCAGUCUCUUCGUCCUACCCUUCGGCGGCAUGUCCAAGAGGAGGCCGCGAGGUUUUGACCUAUGGUCACCUAGACGAUGCUCAGCCUCUGGAUCUCAGCGUUAGAACUAAGAGUCAUGAGCCUGUUGCCAAGAGGCCUCGCUUGGACUAUGCCAUUAAGGAGCACAUAGACUUCCCAAGUGUGUAUUCCUAUGUGGAUAAUAAUUUGCAGCGAGCAAGCCCCUACACUCUGCAGCACUCAGGGAUGUCCAGAUCACCAAACAGUGUACCAUCACCAACAGUCCCAUUAGAAUCAUCUUAUCAUGUCCAUUCUCACCGAAGUCCAAGUCCGGGUUACUUUGCUGGCAAUUUCAAGCCCGGAGCUUACCAGGCGUCCCGAUUAUCUCCUGCUGUUUUUUCACCAUCAUCACCCUACACAAUAACCCAUCCAUCUGACCACAGCGUCCUGUCCGAGGGAUAUCAGUCCAAACCAUACCACGAGGAAGAUCAAAGUCCUGUCCUUCAUGACUUCAACACUCAAUCAGUUGUCUACACUAAGGUGGUCAAUGAAAAGCGAUUGGUUGCAGAUUCAGAAAGAGGUGGAGCAGAUUCCAGUGCUUACUAUCCCAAAGACGUUAAAACUUAUCAGGAUGGUUCCUGUUCAUGGAACGGAAGACCCAGUGUCCAGUUAUCCAAUAAAAAUUACAAAGAAGAGAGCGAACUCAGCAGGUUACUUGGAUCCUCAAAGUCGCCAGACUUGAAGGUCCGUGUGGUCAGUGAAGGUUUAGCCCCUGCCAUGAAACCUACAUUAACUGAAUCGAAGUGUGAACAAAAAGUCAAACCCUUGCUUCACUCUCAUGACAGAUGUCAGGCUCCCGCAGGAGGCUUAACAAAUCAGGCAUUGACUUCUUCCAGUGUUUCCCAGCAUUCAGACACGGCUCUACCUCAGUCGGACGUUACAUCGCCAGUGUCUACCAUCAGCUCUAAUGGUCGGCCACAGGGUCACGGUGAGCCCCCUUUGAAAAUCAAAAGUAAGAAAUCUCUUCUGCUGUCUAGAACUGCCGGAUUAUACCACGACCUAGUCAAGCCCGAAUGCUCUGCUGCUCAGCAGGAGGUGAAAGUAGCGGACACCCCACCUCCCGUGGGCAUCCAAGAGGGUGUCAACGAUUCCAACAAAAUAAGCUUUAUUGACUUCUGCAUUUCAAAAAUCCUAAUGGAGCGUUGCGAGGAAGCUCCCAAGAAACCCUGCAGCGUGGAUUACAUUCGUCACACACCAGAUGGACAAAAGAAAAUUCGUAUUAGUCUAGUUGAUCUCAUAGAAUUACAAGUGGAACACAGUUUGAAAGCUUGAGCUCUAAAAACCCCAACCACAAAAUUUAAAUUUGAGUCAUUUUCUUUCAUUUAACAUUCAUUUUCAUAUCCCCCCCCCCACACACACACAGGGGAAACUAUUCCUCCUUAAUUAUAAGGUGAAAGGAUGUUUACAAAAUGUUUUGUUUUUUGUUCUUGAAAUGUUUAUUUAUUCUAAUUUAUUUUUUCCCAAGUAUUAAAAAAAAGUCAGUUGUUUUUUUUUUCAACAGUGUUCAUACAAUUUAAACAUUUUAUUCAUUAAAUUUGAGUUAAUUAUAUUUCUUACCUGAGCAUUGAACUUAUCAUUAAGAUCAGUGUGUAUUCUAGUUUGAAAAAAAAAUGAGUGCCCCAAAGCCGCUACCUGCAGCAAGAUGCUUUGUUUUAAUCUUUAUAAUGGUUGUUAAAAAAAUAUAAUAUGACGACAACCAAAUGGGGCUAGUGUCAGGGUUAGGGUUCUGUCCAUUCAAGGAUUCUUAAAUUAUUUGGCAUUUUACAUUUAUUGGCAUGGCAUAUUCCUUUUGAGAGUGAAUGAUAACCUCUCAAAGCUGAAACCCACUGGGCAGUUGAUUACUAAUAGUGGUCGCUUUAUUUGAGUAGCAUCUUUUUUUUAGUCAGCUGUGUGGAUAAAGGGAUAAAGUCAAUACAUUAUAGUGGUGUUGGCGAACAUAGAGAAAGACCUUGGAGCAUUUUCCGCCCCUUCACAUUGCAUGGUUUCACUUUGUAACUUUUUUCAUUUUCCUGAAGAGCUCCAUCGAUGAAAAAAUUUUUUGUUUACAGUGGAAAACAUAAAAUAUGUUGACGAGUUAUCAAGGUUUAAAAAAAAAAUAACUGUCUUAGUUGUUAACACAUAAUUGUUGAAAGAAUGAAAGAAUGAUAUAUUUUUUAAUUAUUUUUUUGUACAUUCUGACAUAAAUAAUUUUUUUGUUUUACAAAAAUGGUAACUAUCCCUCUUCUCCCCCCUCCCUCCAAAUUUAUUAAUUCAAUUUUUAAUUUUAUUGGUAAAUGACAAAAUUCAAAACUAAAUAUUCUCUUUUUUUUGGGGGGUGUAAAUGGGUAAACUUGAGUUUGCACUUUUUGAUGUGGGUUUUAAGGGGAGGUAAUAUGCACUAAGAAAAAAGUCUAUAACAUUAUUUGUUUACACAUGUUAUAAACCAACUAAGCACAAGAAGAAUGAGUAUAUAUAUAUAAAGUGCCAUAAAAAAAAUUCAAGUCAAAUACACAAUCUGUGAUGUCAGAUUCAAUAAAAUUACUUAUGAUUAUAGUUAACAUUUUCUGGUCAAAGCAAAAAAAAAAAAAAUUAAAAACCUAAACUCAUUUGUUCUAAUAAUCUUUCCAUUUUUAAAUGUACAAACUCUUCCAUUCAAUACAAUGGUAUUUUACAUUUGACAAUACUUUUCAGUACAGUCAUAGAUUUCAAUACAAAAUCUCUAGUAUGUGAUGUUGGAAUUAAUUCAUAUUUGAAAUUACUUGAUGGCAACACUUUCAGAAUACUUACACAUAAAUUGUCUAGCCACAUAAAUAGUCUAGCCACAUAAAUUGUCUAGCAUAAUAAAUAUACAAAAUUCAAAUAAUGAAUCAUCAUUCUUUCAAAGUUUUUGACAAACAAAAACAACUUCAAAAUAUUGCAACAGUACAAUAAUUGUUGAAUGUUAUGAAUAAUUUUGUAUAUCAUAACAUUCAACUAUGAAUGCCUUCUAUAAAUAGUCUGGUGAUGCCCUUUUAAUUUAUUCCUGUGUCCCUACCGUGCAUUUAGCCUGUCAACAUUUGCAUUUAUAGACUAUAAACAGCUGCCAUACUAGCAAUAAAGUGACACAUUCUUGGAUUAUUGGAAUGAAACUUAGUAUGUUUACAGUAUAUACAGAUACACUGAUAUAUAUAUAUAUAUAUAUAUAUAUGUUUUAUCCUAUCACUAUAGAUCAUAAGGAAAUAUGUUCCAAAUAUUUUGUUGUUGUUGUUGUUCCUCAAACCAUUGGUAAAGAUAUUACAUAUUUUAUCUUAAUAUUUAAAAAAAAAACGCUUUGUUAUUCAAAUUGACAACAUAAGGCAGGUCACUCUGUUGUACUUUAAAUUGAGAAUCUAUCUCUCUAUCUCCAUCUAUGUCCUCAUUCAGUCGCGAAGUCUGGGUAUUAGCUAUCACCCACACAUCACUUUCCCCCCUCUCCACGCAGCUGAUGUAUCCAAAGGAACGGCAGUGCCGAUACAGUUUGGAGUCAGCGGCGUCGCAGGUUCUGCCAGGGUGUAGCACCGGGUGCUGCAAACUGCCUUAGGGUCGCCAGCUCCUGAUUUUUCCUUAGGGUUGACUCCCGAAGCUUUUCCCAUGAUUGGGUAUAGCUGAAGGCAACAGAGGUUUGAAUUCAGAGUUUUCUUUCUCCUAUGUGUGAAGCCAGCCAUGUCUAACGAGCCUCUCCUGCCCAAAGCUUACUGGUUAAGGCGCCAGUUACUCGCCUUUGCCCUUUCUCCUGUUAGUGGGAACAGUUCCGCCGGACUCAAUAUCUGAGCCGCAGGUGAAGGCCAGAAGUUGGACUGGCUGUCAGAGGCUAUUUAUGACGCAUGCCUUUGGGGUUGUCAUUGCUGGAAGUGGUAAUGGAUGUAAGCACUCCACCACCAAUAAAAUUGAGAAUAUACUGUUGAAUAUUUAAGUUUUAGAAUAGUAGUUCUCAGCAUCUUAAAAAUGUGCACCCUUUUUAUGUCAUUAAAAAUGACAAUAUCUGUUCCUUUCUUUUCUGUUCUUUCCUUCUUCACUCAUCAAUCCCCCCCCCUUUUUAUUCCCCCCCCCCUUUUUUAUUCCCCCCAAAUACUAAAUUGAAAAAAAAAAUGAAAAAAUUUCUUUAUACAGGAAAGGCAAACAUAUGACAAUGGAUAAAGGCCCAUAGCUAAGUUUGUUUUUUCUACAACAGAACAUUGUCUAGACAAGUUUUUCAUGUAGUCUGUAAUGAGCAUAUGAAUGUUAUGAAUGUGUUGUAUCCUAAAUUAUCUUUAUGUAUAGUAAAAGCUCUCCUUUCUCCCCAGUAUUUUAUGUGUUGUAUAUAUGAGUGUACAAAUAUAAAUAAAUAAAUAUAUAUAUAUAUACAUAAUUUAUAUGUAUUUUUUUUUGUGUUGAGCAUAAUGUUAAUUUUUUUUUGUAUCUAUUGACUUAGUGAAGGCAGUGUUUGCAUAGCUUCAAGUUAUGUUUACUCACGGUCUACACUGUGGAGACUAGUUCUGCCAUAUUUUGUAAUAUAGACAUUUAUCUGUGUUUUUUUUUUUUUUUGGUUUGUGUUCAUAGUUGAAUAUUAUUAGACAUGCACUCACUGAGGCGUGUUGGAUGUGUAUGUGUGCUGGGGUGGGGGGCUGUAUGUUUGUAGUCUAGAUGUGUUAGUGUCUGUGUUACUUAUGUUUCGAAUUUUGGGCAUUUUAUGCGAGCCCAUAUGGUGGUGUCUGUGCUGGAUAUGUGUAUGAUAUUUAGUGUGUAAAUUAGGUGCGCUUUGGUUUGCAUUGUGUACAUAGGGAGUAGUUGUUUGAAUAUUCUAGUGUACAAGGGAGAGAAUCUCUGAUUUAUAUACCGUAGUGCAUACAAGGGAAGCUAUCCUCUUUUUGCUAGAUUCUAUUCUGUACGACUGAGUUGGGUGUCACUGAAGAGAUGGAAUGACAAGAAAGGAAACUCGAUUUUUAUCACCAAAAUCUCUCUUAAGUUUACGUUGUCAGAAUCAAGUGUAGGAAGUAUACACAAUAGACAAAAUCCAAUCUCCCGUUCUUGUUCACGGUCUAAGCGCACAAGUUAUGAACAUCAUUUUAUAGACCUUUAUUGUCAUCUUUUUCUGGACCUUCGCUGCAGCAGUCUCCACGAUCAUGCAGGAAAUCCUGGAAUGUGUUUUAGAAGCUAUUUCCUUUAUAAAAAUGUGUUUUUAUGAAAGUCUUUGUAUUAUUAUUAAUAUAAAAACAAAAAAGUGAACAAGAGGAUGAGACUGAAUGCGGGUGUUUCCCCCUCUUGUCAUUCCUUCUCUUAGGUGUUUGGGUACAAGUUUGAUCUUAGAUUGUGAUCAGGGGUGACAAGAUUUGAUUAAUUGUAAGUGGUGUGCAAGCGGAGAGAAUCCGUGACACAAUUUAAAAAUUUGUGCUUAAAAAUUUAUGAUUACAAUGAAUUAUUAUUUUCA